CUCAAAACACCUCUGUUAUCUUAUAAGUAGUUAUAAGUUAUAACAAAACCCCCCAUGGAAUCCCAAACCACAAUCCAACUUCUCAAACUCAUCUUCUUCACCUUACUAUCACUAACACUAGCUCUACAUGCAAUCCUCUCCUUCACAUCAUCAUCAUCAAACCUCAUAGACCAAAAACUAGUGAUCAUACUCUCAAACAACAAACUCAUUGUCUUCUCCUUCUUAUGGUGCACCUUGGUUUCCAUCUUAGCUUACAUUUCCACACGCCCACUCCCAGUUCUCCUCCUCAACUACACAUGCUUCAAGCCUGACCAUGACCGCCGGUGCACUCUCGAGUUAUGCGAGUACGUCGGCCUUCGCAGCCGCCGAUACUCCGAAGAAAGCGCCGACUUCAUGCGCGCCAUUUACCGGAAAUCCGGCCUCGGAGACGAGACAUACGCCCCACUAUUCCUCUUCCAAACUGAUUACGAAGCCAAGUUCCAUUACGCCAUCUUAGAAGCCGAAGAAGGCAUGUUCUCCUCCGCCUCCUCUGUUCUCUCUAAGUCCGGCGUUUCUCCCUCCGAGAUCACCGUCCUCAUCGUAGCUUGCAGCAUGUUCGCUCCUUCUCCAUCACUCUCCUCCUUCGUCGUCAACCACCUUAAACUCCCAUCAAACGUCAAAACCUUCAACUUAUCAGGCAUGGGUUGCAGUGCCGGCACAAUGGCCAUGGACCUCGCUGGCAGUAUUCUCCGCCACCGUAUCGGCUACGCUCUUCUUGUCAUCACUGAAAGCACUAGUCUCAACUGGUACUUCGGUGACAACCGUCACAUGCUCGUAACCAACUGCAUCUUCCGAGCUGGCACCGCCGCUGCACUCAUGACCAGCGACCCAUCCCGGCGUUGGUCAGCCAAAAUGGAACUCAUCCGCACUCUGCGCACGCAUCACGGCGCUGACGACGCUGCUUACAACGCUGCCAUACAGCGCGAGGAUGAGAACGGAAACAUCGGCGUUGCGCUCACAAAAGAUCUCGUUCGUGUGGCUGGCGCUGGGCUCAAAGGCCAUAUAACCACUCUCGCACCUCGUGUGCUCCCUGUGUCCGAGCUUCUCAAGUUUGCUUACUUAGUCGUGAAGUCGAUGUUUCGAGGUGAUAAGAAGACACAGCAUGUGCCGGACUUCACGACGGCGUUCGAGCACAUGUGCAUUCACGCCGGUGGGAAAGCAGUGAUUGAUUCGGUUGCGAGACUGAUGAAAUUCAGUGAUAAAGUUGUGGAACCUGCGCGCAUGUGCUUGCAUCGCUUUGGCAAUACGUCGAGCAGCUUGGUGUUGUAUGAGUUUGCUUAUUUUGAGGCUAAAGGGAGGAUCAAAGCUGGUGAUAGAGUUUGGAUGCUGGCUUUUGGGACUGGAUUCAAGGCUUGUAGUGUUGUUUGGAGAGCUCUUCAGGAUUCAUGGAUGGAUGCUGAUAAUCCAUGGAGGGACUGCAUUCAUAGGUAUCCGGUUUAAUUAGGUUUUCUUUAGUUUCAUCAUAAUUGUGAUUUCACGUGAAGUUGUCCUUUCUGCAUGGAUUAUGGGAUACUUGUGUUUUUUUUAUAAUAAGCAUAUCAAGAAGUAGGUUUGGAAAGUUAAGUGUUUAUUCACUACCUUUGUUAUUAUUAUUAUUGUUAUUGUUGUUGUUUUUAUUGAUAAAGAAUGAAUUGUUUAUUUACUGUGUGAUCA